AUGAAAUUGAUUCAUAUCAUUGUUUUAUUCACCCAAGCUUCUGUUACAUUUCCUGUGGUGAUUGGACAGAAUAUCUUAAAUUACCAUGUUAAUAAGGAUGUCAGCUCACAAGGAGUAUACAAAUGUGAGAAGAGUGAAGACAAAGAAGGAGAAGCUGGUGGGUAUCAAUGUAUUAUUGAUAUUCUUGAUAUAUCGAGCGCCACCAAAGAAAGAUCAGACUCGGUAACGGAUUUAGGAUACUUUGGAUGUCUGUCUGAGGAAGAAGGGAAGUACUCCUGUGUUAUUACUCAAAAGAAUCUUCUAGCAAUUGCAGAAUUACCUCCAUACUUGGGUCUUUUCUACUGUGAUAGUUUAGAAUCUUCUACACAUUUAGGCUAUAAUUGUCUGGUGGCCGUAGGAAAGAAGGGAGAAGAGAUUACACAUAAACAGCUCGGGAAAAGAGAAGGAAACGUGCCUGAAUAUGUGGGAGUGUUCUGGUGCACUGAUAAGAUAGCGAACAACUAUAUUUGUAAUCUUAAAAUUGGGAAUAUUGACGAUAAGCUUUUCGCAGAGAGUUUCCUUUUGGGAAACUAG